AUGGAGCACAUCAAGAGAACAUUCGCUACGGCCAAGAAGGAGAACAGACCUGCCUUGGUCACUUAUGUUACUGCCGGUUUCCCUACCGCUGAAGAGACUCCUGACAUCAUGCUCGCCAUGGAGGCUGGCGGUGCCGAUAUCAUCGAACUCGGCAUGCCCUUCACCGACCCUAUUGCAGACGGUCCCACCAUUCAAAAAGCAAACACACAAGCCCUGAAGAACGGCGUCAACAUCAUCUCCACAAUCCAGAUGGUCAGAGAUGCAAGGAAAAGAGGUUUGCGUACGCCUGUCAUGCUCAUGGGCUACUACAACCCCGUCCUCAGCUACGGUGAGGACAAGAUCCUGAAGGACUGCAAGGAGGCCGGUGUCAAUGGCUUCAUCAUGGUCGACCUGCCGCCAGAGGAGGCUGUGCGUUUCCGCAACCACUGCACAAAGAUUGGUCUCUCGUACAUUCCUCUCAUCGCUCCCGCUACCUCGGAGAACCGCAUGAAGCUGUUGUGCAAGAUUGCCGACUCGUUCAUCUACGUUGUUUCGCGCAUGGGUGUUACUGGUGCCACCAGCUCUGUCAACACUGCUCUGCCUGAGCUGCUCGACCGCGUUCACAAAUACUCUGGUGGUGUUGCUGCUGCUGUUGGCUUCGGUGUCAGCACCAGAGAGCACUAUUUGAGCAUCGGCAGCAUGGCCGAGGGUGUUGUUAUUGGCAGUCAGAUCAUUCAAACUCUUGCCGACGCUCCUGCUGGUCAGGGCGCUCAGGCCGUUGAGGAUUACCUGGAUGGCAUUACCCAGCGCAGAGAUAUCAUCAAGCAACAGACACGCGAGGGUGGUGUCCUGGAGACUAAGGAGAUGGAAGACAUUCCCGAUGAGGUUCACGUCGACGGCGUCGUCAAGGACAAGGAUACCCCUGACGGCCCUGGUCUAGCUGACCAGAUCGAGGCCCUCAACACCGACGGACCCAUGGAUUCAAACGCCAUUCCUGCAAAGUUCGGACAAUUCGGUGGCCAAUACGUCCCUGAGUCGCUGAUGGACUGCCUGCGCGAGCUGGAGGAUGCUUUCCAUGCUGCCAUCAACGAUGAGAAGUUCUGGGAAGAGUACCGCACACACUACGAAUGGAUGGGUCGCCCUGGUCACUUGCACAUCGCCGAGCGCCUGACAGAGCACGCUGGUGGCGCAAACAUCUGGUUGAAGCGUGAGGACCUGAACCACACCGGAUCGCACAAGAUCAACAACGCUCUUGGACAGGUUCUCCUGGCCCGCCGCCUGGGCAAGACAGAGAUCAUCGCCGAGACUGGUGCUGGUCAACACGGUGUUGCCACUGCCACUGUCUGUGCCAAGUUCGGUAUGAAGUGUACCGUCUACAUGGGAGCUGAGGAUGUUCGCCGCCAGGCUUUGAACGUUUUCCGUAUCAAGCUUCUUGGUGCACAGGUCAUCGCCGUCGAGGCUGGUAGCCGUACCCUCCGUGACGCUGUCAACGAGGCUAUGCGCGCCUGGGUCGUCAAGCUUGACACCACUCACUACAUCAUUGGCUCAGCCAUUGGCCCUCACCCCUUCCCUACCAUCGUCCGUACAUUCCAAUCGGUUAUUGGUCAAGAGACCAAGGAUCAGAUGAUGGCCAUGAAGGGCAAGCUUCCCGAUGCUGUCGUCGCUUGUGUCGGUGGUGGCUCAAACGCAGUAGGCAUGUUCUACCCCUUCUCCAAGGAUCCCAGCGUCAAGCUUCUCGGUGUUGAAGCUGGAGGUGAUGGUGUUGAUACUGACCGUCACUCUGCCACUCUCUCCGGUGGUACUCAUGGUGUCCUUCACGGUGUACGUACCUACAUUCUCCAAGACAAGCACGGUCAGAUUUCCGACACCCACUCUGUCUCCGCCGGUCUCGAUUACCCUGGUGUUGGCCCCGAGCUUGCAAACUGGAAGGAUACCGACCGUGCCAAGUUUAUCGCCGCAACUGAUGCCGAGGCCUUCAUCGGCUUCCGUCUGCUGUCACAACUCGAGGGUAUCAUUCCCGCACUCGAGACUUCACAUGCCAUUUUCGGCGCUGUCGAGCUGGCAAAGACGAUGAAGAAGGAUGAGGAUAUUGUCAUUUGUCUUUCCGGUCGUGGCGACAAGGAUGUACAGAGUGUGGCUGAGGAGCUUCCCAAGAUUGGCCCUAAGAUCGACUGGGACCUGAGAUUCUAG